AGCGGGGCGGGCGAGGACUCGGGGUAGCCAGCCUGUGGCGGGGGCAGAGUGCCGGCGCUUUGAACUCCGGGCGAAGGUGAAGCAGAACUUUUGCAAGUCGUGCCGGCGGUUCUCUUCGCUCAGGCAGGCCCCCUUAAAGUAGUUCGCUGGGAGACCCUUGCUGAGAGCCUCAGUCUGAGCUCAGCCUGCAAACUCUGCUGGAAGCAGUAUAAGAGAACUUUAUGGAUCAGAUUGCUAAUCAGUACAUGGAAGAUUUGAAGAGCUGAAGGAAAAAACCAGUAUUAAACUUGUUUUUUUAAAUAGGUUCGGUCUCUGGCUGGUUUCUUUUUAUUUACAGAAACUUGAGCUGUUGACUGUCUCUAAGCAGAGGAAGGCCUGGGACAAUUGUGAAGAGUCAGAGCUGAAGACAUCUCUGUACUGCUGAUUAUGGCCAGAGGCAUGUAUGCUAUAAAAGAAAAAAAAUGUUGACAUUCCACUUCCUGUACAGCCAAGAGUAUCUAGGUUGGAAUUUGCCCUUGACAAAUAGCAAAAUGAUGAGUGAUGCAAGUGACAUGUUGGCUGCGGCGUUGGAGCAGAUGGACGGUAUUAUAGCAGGUUCUAAGGCCCUGGAAUAUUCCAAUGGGAUUUUUGAUUGCCAGUCUCCCACCUCCCCGUUCAUGGGAAGCUUGCGAGCUCUGCACCUUGUGGAAGACCUGCGCGGGUUGUUAGAGAUGAUGGAAGCAGAUGAGAAGGAAGGCUUGAGGUGCCAGAUCCCAGACUCCACGGCGGAAAUGCUCAUCGAGUGGCUGCAGAGUCAAAUGACAAAUGGACACCUCCCUGGGAGUGGAGAUGUGUAUCAAGAAAGGCUGGCACGUUUAGAAAAUGAUAAAGAAUCUCUCGUUCUUCAGGUAAGUGUGUUAACAGACCAGGUAGAGGCUCAGGGAGAAAAGAUUCGCGAUUUGGAGUUUUGCCUUGAAGAGCAUAGAGAGAAGUUGAAUGCCACAGAAGAAAUGCUGCAACAGGAGCUUCUGAGCAGGACAUCCUUAGAAACUCAGAAGUUGGACCUGAUGGCUGAAAUAUCUAACUUGAAGUUAAAACUGACAGCUGUAGAGAAGGACAGAUUGGAUUACGAAGAUAGAUUCAGAGACACAGAAGGGCUAAUGCAGGAGAUCAAUGAUUUGAGGUUAAGAGUCAGUGAAAUGGACAAUGAAAGACUUCAGAAUGAAAAAAAGCUGAAAUCUACCAAAUCUUUAAUGGCCAAACUUUCUAGCAUGAAAAUCAAGGUGGGUCAGAUGCAGUAUGAAAAGCAACGGAUGGAACAAAAGUGGGAGUCCCUGAAGGAGGAACUGGCAUCUCUAAAAGAACAGCUGGAAGAGAAGGAAUCUGAAGUAAAAAGACUACAAGAAAAAUUGGUUUGCAAGUUGAAAGGAGAAGGAAUUGAAAUUCUUGAUCGAGAUGAAAAUUUUAAAAAGAAGCUCAAAGACAAAAAUAUUGAAGUACAAAAAAUGAAAAAGGCUGUGGAAUCUUUGAUGGCAGCAAAUGAAGAAAAGGAUCGGAAAAUAGAAGACCUUCGACAGUGCCUGAACAGGUACAAGAAAAUGCAAGAUACAGUGGUACUGGCCCAAGGUAAAAAAGGCCAAGAUGGCGACUUUGAAGACCUGCUCCCUUCCAGUUCCUUCUCCACUUUGCUGGACGCACAGGGCUUUAGCGAUCUGGAGAAAAACCUGUCAUCUACGCCGGUAAUGGGAUCUCCCAGUCAUGACCCAUUUAACACAAGCGCUCCAGAAGAGUUCCACACCAGCAUCUUGCAAGUUUCAAUGCCUUCAUUAUUGCCAGCAUCUAAAGGCUUGGAAACUUCUGAAAAAGUGAAAUUGCCUCCUAAGCCAGAGACUUCAUUUGAGGAGAAUGAUGGAAAACUAAUCCUUGGUUCUGCUGUUGAAACUCAACUGUGCCAUAGUCUUUCAACUUCAAGUCUGCAAAAGUCUAGCAGCCUGGGCAAUCUGAAGAAAGAGUCAUCAGAUGGGGAAAAGGAGUCUAUUCCGAAGCCUUCAGAGGCUAAAGCUCUGGUAGAACGCAGCCCAUUUGGGAGCCUCCCUCACAAAGCUCCGGGACACGACGCCUCUGUGGAUGACAAUCCCUUUGGCACUCGAAAAACCAGAUCUUCCUUUGGUCGUGGCUUUUUUAAAAUCAAAAGUAACAAGAGGACAGCAAGUGCGCCAAACUUGGAUCGUAAACGAAGUGCCAGUGCACCCACCCUAGCUGAAACAGAGAAGGAGACAUCUGAGCACUUGGAUCUGGCUGGUGUAUCGUCUCAGCCAAAAGAUUCACAGGGGAGCAGUCCCUUCCAGAUAUCGCCACCAUCGCCGGAUAACAAAAAGAAAUCUAGGGGUAUCAUGAGACUCUUUGGAAAACUUAGGAGAAGUCAAUCAACUACAUUUAACCCAGAUGACAUGUCUGAGCCUGAAUUCAAAAGAGGAGGGACAAGGGCAACUGCAGGACCCCGAUUGGGUUGGUCUCGAGAUUUGGGACAAUCUAACAGUGACUUGGAUAUGCCAUUUGCCAAGUGGACCAAGGAACAGGUUUGCAAUUGGCUUGUGGAACAGGGCUUGGGGUCCUACCUGAACUCUGGCAAGCGCUGGAUUGCAUCUGGCCAAACACUUUUGCAGGCUUCUCAACAAGAUCUAGAGAAGGAACUUGGAAUCAAGCAUUCACUUCAUCGAAAGAAACUCCAGCUGGCACUGCAAGCCCUGGGAUCCGAAGAAGAAACGAAUCAUGGAAAGCUGGAUUUCAACUGGGUCACUAGAUGGUUGGAUGAUAUUGGUCUCCCCCAAUACAAGACCCAGUUUGAUGAAGGACGGGUAGAUGGUCGAAUGCUUCAUUACAUGACUGUUGAUGACUUACUGUCUUUGAAGGUCAUGAGCGUGCUCCAUCAUCUCAGUAUCAAGAGGGCCAUCCAGGUCCUGAGGAUCAAUAACUUUGAACCAAACUGUCUGCGGAGGCGACCCUCUGACGAGAAUAGCAUCACCCCAUCAGAGGUUCAGCAGUGGACCAAUCAUCGCGUGAUGGAGUGGCUGCGCUCCGUGGACUUAGCGGAAUAUGCCCCCAAUCUCAGAGGCAGUGGUGUCCAUGGUGGGCUCAUGGUUCUAGAACCUCGUUUUAAUGUGGAAACAAUGGCUCAGUUACUGAACAUCCCACCAAGCAAGACCCUGCUGCGAAGACAUUUGGCCACUCAUUUCAACCUUCUGAUCGGUGCGGAGGCCCAGCACCAGAAACGGGAUGCCAUGGAGUUACCAGAUUAUGUACUUUUAACAGCUACUGCCAAAGUGAAGCCAAAGAAACUCACCUUCAGCAAUUUUGGGAAUCUGAGAAAGAAGAAACAGGAAGAUGGGGAGGAAUAUGUUUGUCCAAUGGAAUUGGGACAGGCCUCAGGAGGUACAUCUAAGAAAGGAUUUAAGCCUGGUUUGGACAUGCACCUCUAUGAUGAGGACGACUUGGACCGGUUAGAGCAGAUGGAAGACUCAGAAGGGACAGUGAGACAGAUAGGUGCAUUCUCCGAGGGCAUCAACAAUCUAACCCACAUGUUAAAGGAAGACGACAUGUUUAAAGAUUUUGCUGCCCGUUCCCCCAGCGCCAGCAUCACCGAUGAAGACUCAAACGUCUGACCGCAGCACCUGGAUGAGCACGGGGAGCCCUUCAUCUUUGUUCCACUUUAUUUCUCAAACAGUCACAGUAUCUACAAUGAGCAACAGAUUGUUUAUCGUUCAUCGUUCCCACUUCUCAUUUAGAAGUGGAAAUGGAAAGCAGGGAAUAGGUGCCGAUUCUAAAGUUGCCAUGACAAAUAAGACACUGGUGAAUGAGAGUAUAAUUGUUUUUCCUCUAUUUAAUGUAAAGAAAAAAAAAUCUGUGAUAUAUUAUAUUUAAAGUGUUGCAUUUAAUAUGAGUAUUUUGCCAUAGUGUUUCCAUCUACAUUCACAGCGUGGAGGAUUUGGGAAGCAGUAACCAGUGAGGGAAUGAUUUUUGACAGCACUGCAGCCCUUGAAGCAGGAUGUUAUAUGCUUUCAAAAUCAACAUGUGGAAUUUCUUUAAGCAUUCAGUGUGCCCACUAAAUGCCAGCCACACCUCCACUUGCCUCCACAUAUUGUCCCAUUUUUAUAUAUUUUUCUAAAUAUAUGUAUAUACUUAGUACAUAGAAAAUAGAACUUUUAUUUUGUGACAUAAGGAAGAUGAUAAAAAGAUCACAUUAAAAAAAAAUACAGUGAUCAAAAUUUUCGUAUACCAGCUGGUUCUUGGAGAGGUCAUAAAUGAUCUUUCUUUCUCCAAAACUGAAUUUACAGCAUGAUGUUGAUCAUGCAGACUAAAUUAGCAUAUAUGAAAUACCCCUUCUUUGAUGAUACAUCACAAAAUUGUUGAAUAGCUUUUAAAGAAUUUCAACCUUAAUCUUGGAUCCUCUUACCUCAUAAGGGAGAACUUAAGGGACAUUUAAAUACUAUUAACUUGAAUGCAUUCAGAAACUCCCCCAAAUUUUGUAGAGAUAAUUUCUGAAGAAACAAACAAAACAAAACAAAGCCCUUUACAGUAUUAAGCUUCUUAUCUUCCUCUUUGCUAAAUAUAUCAUUACAUCAAAAUACUAGCAGUCUUCCUAAUGUUAUUAAUUGUACAUUUCUCAGGCUAUUAGUGAAUGGGAUUUUUUUUAAAAAGCUGAAUACUUGUCUGAAUAUUUUGUCUCAAUCAGAGUUCAGUAACUCAAAGGCUGCAAAAUUAGUUUCAUAAUGGCUAUAUUGUGACGAUAAAAUGCAGUUCAUGUUUUUCUGUAGCACAGGUCCCAGACAUUCUUUAUAAAGAAAAUAGAAAGCUGCAACAAAAACUGUUAUUAUGUUUAUUGUUUUCUAGAGGCAUUAGAAAGAAUAUUCUAUUUUGUAUUCAGUACUUCAUCAUUACUCAUGAUAGCCAAUGGUGGUAAAGACAGGUUUUCACAAAUUGGCAUAGGGUGGGUCGUUCAGUAUAUGUCAGUGGACUUGCUUAAUAAACUGUAUUUGAAUGUCAGUGGUAUGCUCUUUCAAGCUAACAAGUUACCAAGCUUUUCAUCAAGGAACCUGUGAUACUAAAUUACUAUUUAUUCAUAACUAAAAUAGUUCAAUGCUAAUAAUAAUCUUUUGCUCCCUAUCAUUCAUUAUUUGGUAACUGUAUUGGACUCUUACCCUAUUUGUGUUUUAUUUUAAUGUGAAUAUGUGUCACCAUUUGAAAAACAAUUUGUUAUUCAAACCUGGUUAAAAAUACCAGGAGACUGUUAUAGAUGCCAAGUAUUCUUUAUUCAGGACAAUGUAACAUCACUGAUGAUAUGUGAUAUGGUUAAAUUUUUUUGAUGAUAUAUAUUUUAUUUACAAAAUAUUAUGCACUGCUGGUAUUACCAUAUGAAAAGAAAUAAAGUCAAUUGAUAAUUGCCUCAU